UCGACGGGAAUCAACGUUCUGUAUUUUUUCGGCGGCUUCUCACCGCACCCUAGCUGAUGUCAUGGCAGUCCUCGUUUAUUUGCUAACAGCCGUCGCUGUUUUAGUGGGAUAUUUGUUGCUGAAAUGGCGUCGCACUUUGCAGUACUGGGAGAACCAGGGUAUUCCCUGCGAGAAGCCACACAUCCUGCUGGGCAGCCUCACGGGAGUGCAGACCACUCGGACCUUCACUGAUGUCUGGAUGGAUUACUACAAGAAAUUCCGGGGAUCCGGCCCCUUCGCCGGCUUCUAUUGGUUCCAGAAGCCGGGAGUCUUCGUCCUGGAAACCUCCCUGGCCAAGACCAUCUUGAUCAAGGAGUUCAACAAGUUCACGGACCGAGGUUUCUACCACAACACGGAAGACGAUCCGCUGUCGGGUCAGUUGUUUCUGCUGGACGGCACCAAGUGGCGCUCCAUGAGGAACAAGCUGUCGCCGACGUUUACUUCUGGAAAAAUGAAGUACAUGUUCCCCACCGUAAUAAAGGUGGCCCAUGAGUUCACCGAAGUCUUUGGCCAGACGAUGGAAAAGUCACCUAUUGUCGAGGUCAAGGACAUCCUGGCCAGAUUCGGCACCGAUGUCAUAGGCACCUGUGCCUUUGGCAUCGAAUGCAGCAGCCUCAAAGAUCCGGAUGCAGAGUUCCGGGUCAUGGGACGCCGGGCCGUCUUCGAGCAGCGUCACGGUCCGCUCGGAAUCGCCUUUAUCAAUAGCUUCCCCAAUCUGGCCCGCAAGCUGCACAUGAAGAUCUCGCUGGACGAGGCGGAGCACUUUUUCUUGCGAAUUGUUAGAGAGACUGUGGCCUUCAGGGAGCAGAAUAAUAUCCGGAGAAACGACUUCAUGGAUCAGUUGAUCGACCUGAAGAACAGUCCCCUGACCAAGUUAGAAACCGGGGAGAGUGUAAACCUUACGAUCGAGGAGAUGGCUGCCCAGGCUUUUGUAUUUUUCGGGGCUGGCUUUGAAACCUCCUCGACCACAAUGGGCUUUGCCCUCUAUGAACUGGCCCAGCACCAGGACAUUCAGGACAGGGUCCGGGAAGAGUGUCAGGAGGUGAUUGGAAAAUACAACGGAGAGCUGACCUACGAAGGCAUGAAGGAUCUGGUCUACUUGGACCAGAUUAUAUCGGAGACCUUACGCCUUUAUACAGUGCUUCCUAUCCUGAAUCGCGAGUGCCUGGAGGACUUUGUGGUUCCCGAUAAUCCCAAGUAUGUGAUUAAGAAGGGCAUGCCCAUUCUCAUUCCCGCCGGAGCCAUGCAUCGUGACGAGCGUCUGUACCCCAAUCCAAACACCUUCAAUCCGGACAACUUUUCGGCGGAACGCGUCAAGGAGCGAGAUUCCAUCGAGUGGCUGCCCUUUGGCGAAGGUCCUCGCAACUGCAUUGGCAUGCGCUUUGGCCAAAUGCAGACCCGCAUUGGCUUGGCUUUCCUGCUGAAGGACUUCAAGUUCUCCGUCUGCGAGAAGACCACCAUUCCCAUGACAUACAGCAAGAAGCACUUCCUCAUAUCGAGUGACACUGGCAUUUUCCUGAAGGUUGACCGAGUAUAAAACAAUUAUCUAGAUACAUAUUCUUAUAUUUGUAAAUAGUUAUUAAUUUAUUAAAAGUGGUUUCGAGUUGCACAAGCAAAA